UCAGUUCUGCAAGUGGUUCUAAUUUACUAUCGCUGUUCUCUAGCUGAUCUAAAACCGCUUUUGACAUAAAGGGACGCUUUUUGGACGCCAUGGACGUUUCUCAGUUUCCAGGCAGAAAGAACAGUAAAAUGCAGGCAGGGCACAGGACAAAGCACUCGGGACAAAAUGUAUGUGAAAUGGUUUGAUACAUGAAUGUCACUUUUUGUUAUUUUCAAAUUUCCCGCCGUUCCGUCCCCCCGUACGUCCCGACGCUCGCAGGGGAUGGAACCCGGAAGACAGAUGCUGGCAUCGGCUGAAGGACAUUGCCGGGGACACUGCAGGAGGGAC